AUGAGUCCGGAUGACUUAGAUAGGGAACUUGUUAAAAACGGUCUCGGAAUAUAUGAAAUGCCAGCAGAUGAGGUACAAGAAACUCCACAGGAAGAAGUUCAGAUACAACCAGACAUGGAAGAAAUAGUUCAGCAACAACAGCUAGAAGAGCCUGAAGGAAACGAACAAGUCUCUCCUUUGGAAACUAACUUCACAGAACUAGAUGAAGAUUUGGAACAGCCGAAAAAUCUUGACCCUCAACAAGAGUAUGAGGUGAAUAUGGAAUCUUUCCAAGAGUCUAAGAAAAAUUCGGCUGACAUAGUAGAAGAAUAUCGAAAAAUGUUUGCCGACAUACAAAAGACUCCAACACCAGAUGAAAAUAUUCAGCAUAGAAUGGAAGUACUGAAAGAAAAUGUACGCAAAUACAAUAACCCUUUUUACUUACGACCAUAUAACGUUCAAUCUUUGGCUGAACUCGGUGAAAAUAAAAGGUUAAAUUUCAACAAAACAUAUAGAAAUGAAACAUUGUUUAAAGUUCAUUCAGAACCUAACCAAUAUGGAAACAAACCUACUUUUGUUUCUGCAGACUAUGGAACUACAAUGAGAUGGGGUCAUAAAGCUAACCCGGAUAGGUGGUUCAUAAACUUACAACCUCAAUUCCAAGAAGUUGUAGACGCAAUGGAAGUGAAUGGUGAACCAGAUAUAGCUGGUAUUUUCAGCGCGGCUUUAAUGCCAUUGAAAGAUAUGAAACAUGCAGAUAUUUUGGACCAGUAUGAAAUGAACAUGGCUGAAGGAAAUAUAACACCUGACGUUCUAGAACAUUUAUCUCAAAGAACUACACAGAACCAUAGAGAUGGUAUAUUUGGUGAAGAGUUUAGAAAGAAA